UGUGCACUCGUCUUUGCGCAUUGUACUUUGCAACUCCGUCAUGUUUGGUGCAUUUGCGGAUUGUCCUUUCUACCGGAGUUGCAACAUCUAAUCGACGUACUACCAACCUGUAUUUCACAUCAAUAUCUUUAGCCUAGCUACAUCCUCGUCUCAGUUGAACAAUUUUUGCUAUCUCAUUAUUAGAUUGAGUGUUUCCAUAGACUUUCUCAGAGUGAGAUAGAUUGAUCGUGUGAAUAGACUAAGACAGUGAAUUACUGUUGGAAUGGAUUACAUUGCUGUAGGACUCCGUGGUGAUUUCGACCAACAUGGCAGACGUUACAGAUUACGAACACCUAAGUUGAUUUAUGUGAUAGUUGCCAUUUUGGUAAUCGGAGUCAUUCUUACACUGUUGAAUAUUUAUGAAUUACACAAGAUGAAAGAAGAUCAUUCAAUGCAUCAUUCGUGGGUUAGUGAGCCAGAAAUAGAGGGUAAAACGGGAAACAAUGCUAAGAAAAUGUCUGUUUUGUGGGUAACCGGUAAAAAGAAAGAAAGUGGGUAUUUAAGACAUGUGUAUAAUGUUUUUGACAGAAUAGGGUAUGUGAUCGGCAAUGAGAAUUCUGAUUGGGAAGUUUUAUGGGCACAUGAUUACCCAUUUGUAUCUUUAUCUAAACAUCUAUCAGAUUUAAAGCCAUACCAGAAGGUGAACCAUUUUCCAGGUUCUGGUUAUAUCACAAAUAAAGCCAGUUUAGCUGCAACAAAGAUGGAUUUUAUACCAACAGCAUUUAAAAUGCCUACAGAUAAAAGAAACUUUACACAAUAUAUAAAAAAACAUGUUGAUACCAUGUGGGUACAGAAAAGUAAUAAUCAUCGUGGUAUACAGAUAAAGUCAGUUAAAGAUUUGAAUCUGAAUUUAGAAGGAACUUUUAUACAAGAAUAUGUUGCCAAACCGUAUCUUAUAGAUGGCAGAAAGUUUGAUAUUGGUAUAUAUACUAUAUUAACAUCUAUCAAUCCAUUAAGAGUGUAUACUGUUGAUGGGGAUGUUCUCUUCAGGUUUUGUCCUAAAAAUUACUAUCCUUUUGAUCCUAAAGAUCGUGCUAAGUACGUAGUUGGUGAUGACUAUACUCCUAUGUGGCAGAUACCAUCUUUGAAAAAGGCUUUUAAAGACAUGGACUUCAGUUUUAAAGAAACUUUUAAUCAUCAUGUUCGAGAAACGGGUAAAAAUCCUGACAAAGUUUGGUCAGAUAUUAAAUUUGCUAUUUUAACCGUAUAUAAAGAUAAAGAAUCCAAAUUAAUAGAUGCUGCUCGGAAAUAUAAAUCUUCUAGACAAUUCUUUGAAAUGGUCCGAUUUGACUUUGUGUUAGAUGAAGAUUUAAAAGUUUAUUUAAUGGAGGCAAAUAUGUCACCCAAUUUAUCUUCAUCCCAUUUUAAAGAGAAUAAGAUACUAUAUGAACAUGUAAUAUUUAAUUUACUUGGAUUGGUUGGUUUAGCUCGAUCUGUUAUAUUUAAUCACUAUAAAAGUUCAGAUGACAUGAUUAAUAUGCAGGUGUCAGAUAAAGAUAUAGCAGUUUUUCCAGAAAUCUGCAGUGGUCCCUGUUCACAAUCAUGUUUUCAAAUAGAAUGUAAAGUUUGUCACAAGUGUCUUACAGUUGAUUUAAAACAAAGUUUAAAAACAGCAUAUGUUGAGCAUGUGAAUAGAGGUAGCUGUAGAAGAGUUUUCCCGCCACCAAUAAUGAAUCAACACCAAGCACUUAAGUGGACAAUAGAAAAAGCAGAUCAAACAUUCCAGAAUAUACGACAAAAAAAUCAAAUAAUGCAAAUCUGGUUCAUUGGCAAAUGUCGUCUAGAUGCCUCAUUUUGUAUUUGAAUAUUGGUUUUAAUAUGUGUAAUUGUCCCCCGUCUUUCGUCCGUCUGUCUGUCCGACACAAUAACUCUCUUUCUAAUUGAGCUAAAAUGUUCAAACUUGGUGUAGGUAUUUAUUAUCGGUCAAUGCCUUGAUGGAGUUCAAAGAUGAGCAUUUGCUGCUUAGGGUAAGCAGAGAUAAGCAAUUUGAUUGGUUGAUGCUUUGGGACAUGAUAACUUUAGUUCUAAUUAAGUGAGAGUGAUGAAACUUGCUGUAUAGUUUCAUUACAUCAAUACCUUGACUAAGUUCGAUAAUGAGUAUUUUCUGCUCAGGAUAAGCAGAGCUAUAAGCAAUUUGAUUGGUCGUGACUUUAGAACACAUUAACUCUCAUUCUAAUUGAGUUAGAAUGUUCACACUUGGUGUAGGUGUCUUGAUGGAGUUCAAAGAUGAGAAUUUUCUGCUAAGGAUAAGCAAUUUGAUUGGUUGAUUCUUUGUAUCAUGAUAACUUUAGUUCUAAUUAAGUGAGAGAGAGGACACUUGGUGUAUAGCUUUUUUUACAUCAAUACCUUGACUAAGUUCGAUAAUGAAUAUUUACUGCUAAGGGUAAGCAGAGCGAUAAGCAAUUUGAUCAAGACUCACAAUAAGUCUCCUUCUAAUUGAGGUAGAAUGUUCAAACUUGGUGUAGGUGUUCAUUAGGUGAAUGUCUUGAUGGAGUUCGAUGAUGAACAUUGUCUGCUUACGGUAAGCAGAGAUAAGCAAUCUGAUUGGUUGAUGUUUUGGUUCACGAUAACUUUGGUUAUAAUGAAGUGAGAGCGAUAAAACUCCGAAUAAAGAUUCAUUAUAUCAUUACCUUGACUAAAUUGUUUCAAUGGCAUUUUGUAAUUGAACUGGAGUAUACAGGUCACAAUUCUGUGGAAUACAAUUACUGCUUAUUACUGAGCGACGUUUCGACUGGGCUUCUCUAGUCAUUAUCAAGCAAUGAUAAAAUAUGACAAGACAAUAUAUACCAUGUAGACAACAAUACUUAGUUAAUUCUGACCAACCAGAGAUACCCCUUAAUUACGUGUACCUAAAGGGAGUCUAAUUUAAUUAAGGAUUAUAACGUUUAAUGCUAAUAACAACAUUCAAUAUGACCAAUUUACCUGAAAAUUAACACAAAUUGAUUAAUCGAUUAAUGGAGUAUAUUCAAUGAUUUAUUAGGUUUUAAUAAUGACAAACGAUCAAAGAAGAUGAAAUUUGAUAAAAUGUAUUCCGCGACCACUUUAUCUGAAAUAAACACAAAUAAUUAAUGAAUAGCUUGUUGUGGAGUAUUUACAAUGAUUUGAGUAGGUUUUAAUAAUGACAACACCCUUAAAAGAUGUGAUUUGAUUGGUAUUAUGACAAAAAAUGUUGAUAUAUUAUGCAUGUAGAUGUAAGUGAUUCUACUAAUAUACGAAAAACCCUUAGAACAAUCACUACACAAAUGAUCAAUGGUCCUCAGAAGGCCGACUAUUUUACUUAUAGUGAGUAAUAUUUUCACUGUAUACUAUAGUGAAUUAGAAAGGCAGGAUUUGAACUAUUAAGUGCAUUGAAUUUUGAAAACAGCAGCCCUGAAAAGCAAAAAUAGUAGCCAAUUAUUAAUUAUCAUUUUUUUUUAAAAUUAUAGUAAUUAUUACAAACUUAGAUUAUUACUAGAAUAUUGUUGAGUAUUAAAUGUGAUUAAAUAAAAAUUAUUAUGCUUAGUCUAUGAUUAUGUAAUAAGAGUAUCAUACGCCCUGAGGAGGAACAAUCCUUGAUCUCUGUUUAUUGUUGGCUUGUGUCUUCGUAUUUGAAUGGCUUCAUGCAAUCGGCGCGCCCUCUUGUUGCUUAUAUUCUUGCAUAGUGGUUUAACAUUUAGUAGAGUCAAAAUACCGAAUAACCCCCCAAAAUUUGCAAGAAAACAUUUUAUUGCAUUUUCCUAUAGUAUUUGGUCCAGAGAACAAUAUAUAUCAAAAGUUGUCCGAAAUUGAGCCACCACAAGGGGUCAAAUUAUGACGUAAAACAAAAUGGCUGCCAUUUGACCAAAAUCACCAAUCUUUACACAUAUAAUUUGAAAUAAGCUGUAUUAAACCAGUUUUAAAAAUAUAGACCAUCUUAAAACAUUAUUGUCUUGCUGUUGAAAAGAGUGUCGCGACGUAUGGGAUAUUGCAUGACGUCAUCAAUGACAGAAAAUGAGUACCUAUUAAUGGAGAAUUCAUAUUUACGAAACAGCGGGCGGUGCACAUGAAAUAGUUUUUGACCUGAAAAAUACACGUGUUAGCAAGUAGCUACUGGUUAAAGGCAGUGAAGUCAUGAUGCUGAUAGCAAAACCAUUAUUAUAUUCAGAAUAUGCAAAAACAACAUCAAAUUUGACAAACUAUUUUUCAAAAUUGGCAUUAUUCAUAUUUUCACAAUUCCCAGCGUGUCCGCGAGAGCACCAUGCAGGGGGUGAUAACCCUUGGGUCAGGGAUUUGAACCAAAUUUUUUCUGUGACAUGGGUUAGUACCCAGAUACAUCCCCACAAAAUAUUAGAUUGAUUCAGUUGAUACCGACCUGGAAAAUUGGAAAAGUAUUUUUUAAUCGAAAAAUAAGCCAAAAAUAGGCAAUUUUGGAUCCAAAUUUGAAUGACCUGCUAUUCGGACAAUAAUUGAUUUGGAUAGACAAAACUUUGGGUAUUAGUAGGACCAUUCAGGUUUCUCCUUCACACUGAGUUUGAAGUUUCUACUGCUAAUGAUACCUUGGUACUGGCCGGAUACCCAACUCUCUCUGAAAAUUGAAUUUAAUGAAAACCAAUGUUUAAGAGGCUAUAGCUCGUUCUUUGCAGGGACUAGGACCAAAGUUGAAUGUUACCCACAACUAGCAACCUUCCUACUAACAAAAUAAAAAAUAAAAA